CGCGAGGUCCGCCGGGGCCUACCGGACCGGGUGGAGCCGGGCGCCGGGAACGGCCGUCCGCGUCCCGGAGGCCGACCCGCGCCAAGUUCCCGGUCUGCGCGUCCCCGGGCCGGGCUCCUUCCUCAGCGCCGGGCCGGUGCUUCCCACCCCCAGCUCCCCCCAGCGGCCUGGUGGCACCUGGGAGGUGUCCGACGUCGAUUCCGCAUACACUGAGCACCCACUAUGUGCCCAGCCCUCCCCGGGCAGCGCGCGAGGGCUGCUCCCAUUUGUCCAGCCAGGCUGGCACUGUGCUCAGCCCGGUGUAGGCAUGAUUCUGUCCGAACUGCAAACCUGUGGGGUAGUUACUAUUACAGUUACCAUUUUGUACAAAAGAAAAGCUGGGGCCCCAGCGAAGUUAACUUGCGGAGAAUCUCGGAGAGAAAGUGUAGGAAGACGGUGCUCACCGCUCCAUGGCUGGGAUAAGGAAAGCAGACAGGUACACGAGUAGCCAUAUGGUCGAACAGAAAGAGGUGUAGCAACCUGGUGGAAACGAAGUUCGAAUGCAGGUGCUGAGCAGACCCUGUGCCUCCUGCCUGGCCAGGUAUUCUGUGCUCUUGUGAGCUGAGUUAACUAGGGUUUCAUAGGACUUGGGCAGAGAGAGGCAAGGCACGGAGACAGGACAGGACAGUGCAGGACCCGGUCUACAAGCCUGGAGAGAUGGUUUUGGUUAUGAGGCUGCAGAGUUGGAAGGGGCUGGAAGGCCUGGAUUUGGUCAUGUGGGUGGGGAACAGUGGAGGGAUUUGGCAUCCUCUUAGACCAGUGGCUCCUCUCAAACUCAGUUUCAGCUUCCCUGCCUGUUUUGCAGUGGGCUAUAUCACCUUCCCUUUGAGUUAGCAAGGUGCUAGGCUUCCCCAGAAGACAACCCCACACAGUUCAAAGGUCCAUGGACCCCAUAAAAAUGGUUAAAACAAACAAAAAAAAAAAACCCACAGUUCAGAUGUUAAACAACAUCACCGAGGUAGAUAGUGUGCCCUUUUGUGUAACACAGAGCUUGCCCCAGAGGGAGGGGCGGCAAAGUACAAGCAGACAUCUGAAAUAGACUCUUGGAGUCUGGGAUAAUCCCUGAAGAGGAAGGAGAGGCCAGAAGUACCCUCCCACAGUAGUUUUUCCCUCCCUGCCCAUCAGAACCCAUCUUCUGAGACCCACUGAAAGUCUUCAGUCAGACCCAGCGUUCUCCCUCCUAUACAGCCUGAGAAACUCUUGGGCACCUCCAGGCCAGCUUUUCUGCCUCUGCUCAAGCUCUCUUGGCCCCAUUUUCUGAUGUGUCUAACCAGUCGCUGUGUUCCCAGUGACUCAAAUGAGUCCACACUAGUUCCUAGAAGUCACUUUUAUUUUUGUUCAAGAGUAUUCUUCUAGAAUGUAAGGAAUAUCUGUCUUCAGGCACUGGCCAGCAGUGGCACCCAUGCGGGGGUGGGGAUCCUGUGGGUUGCACCUCCGAUGUACAUGGAAGAGCUCUUCCCACUCCCCACCCAAAAUGUGCUCUUCAUUUCCAGUGGGCAGUCUCCAAAGCCUUUGUGCCAUUCCCAAUGACAGGGACGUCGUAUCAGCCUUGUGAUUGUUGUUGCACAUGUAAAAGUAUGACCGUCUACCUUCCUUACCAGAUUAGAGUGUGUCACUGAUCUUAGGAUAGCUCAUGUCUGACACUGAUUUGUACCUUCCAGAGAGUUCUAGUGGUGUAAAAAGUCCAACUCAAUGCCAGGCUUGGUAACACACUUCUCACUCCAGGACAUAGGGUGGUGAAGGCAAGGAGGAUCAAGGGUUCAAGGCCAACAUUCUAUUCUACCUAGCAGGUACUAGGUCAGCCUGGGCUAAGUGAGACUUCAUCACAAAAACAAACAAAAUAUUCAUCUCUUUGAUUGGUUAAAAUUAGCAGUAGUGGUAAUUUUAGCUCAUGGGGGAGGGGCAAUUAGGAAGGAACCAAAUCAGAUUGUCCUGGAGGAAAGGGAAUUGGCCAUUGAGCUUAUCUGUCUGUAAGAGGGGACAAGAGAUGCUUUUUUAAAAAGCACUUGAGCAACCCCCUUGUUUGUGCCUCUUAGUUGAAGCAGCUGGAGUUUUUGCUGGGUCAUCAUCACAGUUCCUGUGCGAUUGUGACAGGAGGCAGGCUGCCCUAGUAAACCUGCAGUUUGUCGUUCUCCACUGAAGCACCAGCAAUGCUAAGUCACUGUUUACUUUGCAAACUCGCACUGUGUUUACCAUGUGGUUAGCACUGUGCUGUGAAAAGACAUAGUGUCCGCCAGAAGAGAUGUUCAGUGUAGUGACAUACAGGAGAUGCUGAAUAGGGUAUGGAAAGUGCCAAGAUUUCUCCAUGGACAAUGGCAGCUACAAUUCAGGCCAUGGAGAGGAAGAUUGAAUCACAGGCCGCUCGACUGCUUUCUCUAGAAGGUCGAACUGGGAUGGCAGAGAAGAAGCUGGCUGACUGUGAGAAGACAGCUGUGGAGUUCAGCAACCAGCUGGAGGGCAAGUGGGCCGUGCUGGGGACCCUGCUGCAGGAGUACGGGCUGCUGCAGCGGCGCCUGGAGAACGUAGAGAACCUGCUGCGCAACCGGAACUUCUGGAUUCUGCGCUUGCCCCCUGGCAGCAAGGGCGAGGUCCCCAAGGAGUGGGCCAAGCUGGAGGACUGGCAGAAGGAGCUCUACAAGCACGUGAUGAGGGGCAACUACGAGACACUGGUCUCCCUGGACUAUGCCAUCUCCAAACCCGAGGUCCUCUCCCAGAUUGAACAAGGCAAGGAGCCAUGUACUUGGCGUCGCACCGGCCCCAAGGUCCCGGAGGUUCCUGUGGACCCAAGUCCAGGCUCUGGAGCCCCAGUUCCUGCCCCUGACCUCCUGAUGCAGAUCAAGCAGGAGGGGGAGCUCCAGCUGCAGGAGCAGCAGGCUCUGGGUGUGGAAGCCUGGGCAGCUGGACAGCCAGAUAUUGGGGAGGAGCCCUGGGGCCUCAGCCAGUUGGACUCUGGGGCAGGAGACAUCUCCACAGAUGCUACCUCUGGUGUCCAUUCCAACUUUUCCACCACCAUCCCGCCCACUUCCUGGCAAGCAGAUCUCCCUCCCCACCACCCCUCUUCAGCCUGCUCAGAUGGGACACUGAAGCUCAACACGGCAGCAUCCACAGAAGCAGACGUAAAAAUUGUUAUCAAAACAGAAGUCCAGGAAGAGGAAGUGGUAGCCACACCUGUGCAUCCCACCGACCUGGAGGCUCAUGGGACUUUGUUUGCACCAGGCCAAGCCGCAAGAUUCUUUCCCAGCCCUGUCCAGGAAGGAGCCUGGGAAAGCCAAGGCAGUUCCUUCCCCAGCCAGGACCCGGUGCUGGGGCUGCGGGAGCCCACUCGGCCAGAGAGGGACAUUGGUGAGCUGAGUCCUGCGGUAGCACAGGAGGAGGCCCCUGCCGGGGAUUGGCUCUUCGGUGGCGUCCGGUGGGGCUGGAAUUUCCGGUGUAAACCUCCUGUGGGCCUGAACCCAAGGACGGUAACCGAGGGACUCCCCUUCUCCUCUCCUGACAAUGGAGAUGCCAUCUUGGACCCCAGCCAGGCCCCAAGACCCUUCAAUGAUCCCUGCAAAUACCCGGGCCGGACAAAAGGCUUUGGUCAUAAGCCGGGGCAGAAGAAGCACCCAGCCGCGCCCCCUGGAGGCCGGCCCUUCACCUGUGCCACAUGCGGAAAGAGCUUCCAGCUGCAGGUGAGCCUGAGUGCGCACCAGCGCAGCUGUGGACUGCCCGACGGGGCGGGCACAGGGGCAGCUUCCACCACUACUGGCGGAGGUGGCAACAGUGGUGGUGGCGGAGGUGGCAGCGGAGGUGGGGGUAGCGCACGGGACAGCAGCGCCCUGCGAUGCGGGGAGUGUGGCCGUUGUUUCACACGCCCCGCACACCUCAUCCGUCACCGCAUGCUACACACUGGCGAGCGGCCCUUCCCCUGCACCGAGUGUGAGAAGCGCUUCACAGAGCGCUCCAAGCUCAUCGACCAUUACCGAACGCACACGGGCGUGCGGCCCUUCACCUGCACAGUGUGUGGCAAGAGCUUCAUCCGCAAGGACCACCUCCGCAAGCACCAGCGCAACCACCCGGCGAUGGCCAAGGCGCCCACUCACGGGCAGCCGCUCCCACCACUGCCGGCUCCUCCCGACCCCUUCAAGAGCCCGGCAGCCAAAGGACCCAUGGCUUCCACGGACCUUGUGACUGACUGGACUUGUGGCCUAAGUGUCCUGGGACCCACUGAUGGUGGUGGGGAUCUGUGACAUCCUCCAACCCUCCCAUGGCCCCGGCAGGCCACAAAUGUACAAAGUCCCAUGUGCAGACAGCAAGGUGGCCUAAAAGCUCAGAAGCAAAAAGGGAAACUUGGCAGAGAACCAAAUUUCCACGUUGCUGAACUGGUCACUGGAAAGAAACUUCUCAGUGCAGCCUCCACCUUAAAGAGAGUAGGAUUCCAACUGUGAGACUGAACACCUUAGUAGAUCUUAAGUAAUUUAAUUACAAACCCAUUUUUUUGUUUGUUUUUUUCUCUUUAAUUCGUGAGGAAAAAGAUGGAAAACAGUAGCAACAGCAGUUAAGUUCUGAGGUGUACUGUGGCUUUCAAGGUCGUGUGUCCACCUUGUCUUACCAGGGUUGGAAAGGUGGUCAGUGGGAAGAGCAGGCAAGGGCUCUCCCGGCCUUGGACCACGCAGUCCUAUGGCAGGUGAGUUCCCAUUCUAUUCAGGCAGCUAGUCUGGCCCUUAGGUCCUGGGUGAUGAGGGCACUAGGGGCCUAGACAGACAGCUUCCACUCAGCAGCAGGGACUACCCUAGAAGCAGCCCUUACCUUCUCAAAAGACCCUUAAAGCCAGGCCUGACUUUCCCUGUCCAAGCCAUCUGUGGUACCUGUCCAAGGUGGUAUUGUCCACUGUAGUCGUGGGCCUGGCUAGUAAGAGUCAUGGAGCUGUGGUAGUGUUACGUCUGGAGGGUGGUGGCCCUCGAACAUGAGGUCACAGAAAGCCAGGGCCACCCAUCCUGGGCUAUGUCCAUUAGCAAUGGAUGCUUCUGUUGGCUGCCCACUGUGCAGUACAUCCAUUUUCAAAAUGGUUCCAUUACCAUGACUAGGAAGCAGCAGACAGUGGUUCUUUUUAGAGAGAAAUAAAGGGCUCAAAGGGGACACAGCCUGUCACUGUGAGUACUGUGUGUUCCAGGAACUGGAAAGAGCUUCAGCUGAGUCCCAGCUCUCUCUCGUGGAACAUUGGUUUAGGGGAGGAAAGGUUUUGAGGUCUUGCCCUCUCAAAAGAUUUGUCCCACACAAAUGGAUCAGAUCAUGAAGACAGAGAGCUCCUGCCUCGGCAGCUCAAGCUGGACGGCCCCAGUACGCUUCCACGUCACUAGGCACGCAGUGGUAGCUGGAAUGCCAGGGAACUGGGUAAGUGGCUUUCUCAGGCUUGCCUGGAACGUCUUCACGGUGGAAUUAGAGCUAGGUCCAAGUUUCUGUCCUAAAAGUGCUGUCCCCACCACACAUAGCCAUUCCCAUUUUGUUAAAGCAGCCGCUGGUCCUCUUCCCCAAAUGGGUAACGACUCCCUGAAGAGAGCAGAGACCAUGGUGCCCAAUCAGCUCCCUUCUGCGUACUUUUAUUAGAAAUAGACUAGUUAAUAAGAUUGUUUCUAUGUACUGUAUAUUUUGUACCUGUUUACACUUCUAAUAUUGAUAUAACUGAUAUUUUGAAAAACAAAUGAACAGAAAACAUCCUGUUAAAAUAAAACCUAACCAGCACCAAGGCUGUUUGAUGGA